AAAUCCUUGGGCAAAAGCAUAUAUUAGGGUGAAGAAAUAUGAAGGGAGUCCGUCAAGGAGCAGAAGCAGAAGCCGGAGCCGGAGCCGGAGCAGGAGCAGGAGCAGGAGCAGAAGCAGAAGCCCUAGGAAGAGCCGGAAUAAAUCAUUGGAACGAUCAGUUUCUAGAUCAGUGUCAAAAUCUAAAUCUGCAUCUCCUGUUAAAUCUUCAAGGGCAAGAUCUAGAUCCAGGUCUGGUUCUCCUCACAAGGUGCAAUCAGGCAGUGACUAAUCAAUCAAAACAUUUCUUCAGCCUUCUUAGUUGCGAUUCUGCGGACAAGUUUUUCCGGGUUCCUAUAUUGACUUGUUGAAUGUGCUGAAUUUGACUAUCCUGGAACCAUUGCCUUUGAGAACAGUUAGCUGUAUUUUAUUGCAAGGCUACGAUGUUGUGUGAUGCCUGUGAGCUUGAAGAGAUUCUAGAGUAGUUGAAUGUAUUUUGUUUUGGAAACAAAUGAUGUUCUUUUAUGCCUGAGGCCUUGGAACUUAGCUUUCUAAUAUCUAUUGCUUGUCUUUUAAAACUAUGAAACGUUUUUUUUUCCCC